GAAAAGGCAGAUUCUGGACACGCCAUGCCAACGUGUCCACCUCUUUCUCUCUCCACUAAAAAACCAGCAAUUAGCAUCAAAUAUAUCAAACAUUAUAGUGCGCCAUCUGCUGAUGCAUCACUCAACUCUUCCUCACUGACAAACAUUUCUCUAAAUUCUCAAUUUUUCAGUACAAAUUUCCCCAUUGUUUUUUUCCAUGUUUUUGUUUUGCUGAUUUUCUCUGUUUCAGACAUUCUCAUCCACCCAUUUUUGGGUCAAGCGGCCAUUCUGUAAGGCGUGGUAACGAGAGAGCCAUUGUUGGACUGGUUUUUCUUUUUCAACUGAUAUCGUAGUAGUCAAAGUACAGGACAAAAAAUUCUAGUUGUAUUGUGAAGUUGUACGAUGUAAGUUAGUUCAGGAUUAGGGUCAAGGUCAAGGGUGAAAUCCGGGACUCUCAUCUUGUGCUCUCAUCUUGUGCAGUUAGCCUAUUUCAUGGUUUGUUGAACCAGCUUCUAUCCCCCGGAAAGUUCUUCAACUUUUUGUUGAAGAAGCUAAAAUGGCUGGGCCAUAUUUUGAUCCUGAAUACGAAAACUUAAGCAUCAGAAUAAAUCCUCCCAGGGUUUCUGUGGAUAACUCCAGUUACAGUGACUGUACCCUAGUAAAGGUUGACAGCAUGAACAAACCAGGAAUACUGUUAGAAGUUGUGCAAAUCCUAACUGACCUUGAUCUCAUCAUCACCAAAGCUUACAUUUCUUCUGAUGGUGGAUGGUUCAUGGAUGUCUUCCAUGUUACUGAUCAAAAUGGGAAGAAGAUUACAGACAGCAAGACAAUAGAAUAUAUAGAAAAGGCUUUAGGACCCAAGGGCCAAGCAGCUGAUUGGAUAAAGAGUUGGCCAGGAAAAAGAGUAGGACUACACCCCGUUGGUGACCACACCGCUGUCGAACUCAUAGGAAGAGAUCGUCCCGGACUCUUAUCAGAGAUCUUCGCUGUUCUAGCUGACCUUCACUUCAACAUAUCCGCUGCUGAAGUGUGGACCCACAACACACGAAUAGCCUGCGUCCUUUAUGUCAACGAUGAUACUACCAAUCGCGCAGUGGAUGACCCCACCAGAUUAUCUCUGAUGGAAGAGCAACUCAAGAACAUUCUUGGUGGGACCCAAUCUGACGACGAGCAAGUGGCUUGCACUAAUUUCUCCAUGGGUUUUACUCAUGUUGAUCGACGUCUUCAUCAGAUGUUGUUUGCUGACAGGGAUUAUGAAGGUGUUGACGUGGAAUGCCCUCCGCCACCUGUCAAGCCUAGAAUCUUCGUUGAACGCUGUGAGGAGAAGGGGUACUCAGUAGUUACGGUGAAGUGUAAGGAUCGACCAAAGCUUAUGUUUGAUAUUGUCUGCACACUUACGGAUAUGGAGUAUGUUGUUUUCCAUGCAACCAUUUCUUCUGAUGGCCCUUAUGCAUCACAGGAGUACUACAUUCGACAUAAGGAUGGCUGUACACUUAACAUGGAAGUAGAGAAGGAAAGGGUUAUCAAAUGCCUCGAAGCUGCCAUUCAUCGGAGAGUAAGCGAGGGUCUAAGCCUAGAACUCUGUGCGAAGGAUCGAGUUGGCUUACUAUCAGAAGUGACACGGAUACUCCGAGAAAACGGACUGACAGUAAUGAGAGCAGGUGUAUCCACAGUUGGGCAGAAGGCAAAGAAUGUGUUUUAUGUUAGGGAUUCUUCAGGAAACCCGGUUGAUGUGAAGACAAUCGAAGCGCUCCGGAAAGAAAUCGGACUAUCCAUGAUGCUUAACGUGAAGAAAGCCCCGCCCAGCGACAGGACGCCCCCGGAAGCUAGAGGGUGGGCUAAAACCAGCUUCUUCUUUGGCGGUCUGCUCGAGAAGUUGUUACCGUGAAAAUAAUGCCAAACAAAUAGUAUGUGUGUAUGGAAAAUGUAUGUAACAUUUUGGUGUAUAGACUAAUAAAAUUGUCACCAAAGAAAACUAAGCCUCUAAUUUAUUAUCAGAACUGCUAAUCAAAUGAUUAGUUUUCACUUUUCAGGUGGCAAGAAUAUGUAGUAGGAUGAGCUAGAACUAUUAUGACAGCAUAAGUGUAAUAUGAAAAUGGGACAAACCAUUCUUA